GUGCACAAAAAAUCUCAUUCGAACCAAAUGACACAGAUUAAUUCAAGAAUUGAAACAAAAGUGGCAAAAACUAUAUUCUUUGUAACACUUGCCUUUCUUGCAUCAUGGAUGCCCUAUGCCAUCGUAUCUCUACUGUUCGUGCUGGGUUACCAUUCCAACAUCGUGACGCCAGCUGCUGAAAUUUCGUGCGCCGUCCUCGCCAAGUGUUCCGUAAUCUGGAACCCGCUCAUAUACGUGAUGACAAACAACCAACUGAAAAAAAGCAUGAUGGAGACCGUCCGUUCCGUCUGUAUGUAUCUCGGCUGCAACAGGAAAUGGUAUGGUGAAAACAACGAUGAGAAUGACGGCAAAGAUGAGAAUCUAGAAAUGGUGAAGGGGAGCCGGAAACGACGCUCGAUUCGACGGCGCGAGGAGAUCAGCUACAACACUGAGUUCUCUGUUGCCAGUAAGUCCAGAAUCGUGCAUCAUCCAGAGGAUGUUGCCAUGUUAGAGGAGGCAGUUAUGGUGGCGAAGAGGUCACCCCGUCUUGGAGUAACGGCAUCGUUUCAGCCGACGCUUAGCAGGAUUAUAAAUGAGGAGACGUGCUCCGAGUCGGAAAGGUGCGAUGAAGAUAUGACGUGUGUUUGAAAUGAGAAGAGUACUAUCCCAUCCUUGUGUGUGUGUGUGAGUGCAUGUGUGUGUGUUUGUGGGUGUGUG